AUGAAGGGCACAUUGAUCCUUUCUGGCCUUUUGGCCACCGUUGUCUCGGCUCACAUGCAGCUUAGCAAGCCGUACCCUAUCCGCAGUCCCCUCAACAAGGAUGGCAAGGGCGAGAAGGAUUAUUCUUACACCAAUCCGCUUUCCAGCUCCGGUAGCGACUACCCAUGCAAAGGAUACGCCAAGGAUAAAUUUGAAGCCGUCGCUACAUGGCAACCAGGCUCUUCCCAAGAGAUGACGUUGGAAGGCAGUGCCGUCCACGAUGGUGGCUCAUGUCAGCUCGCCCUUACGUAUGAUCAGGGUAAGACCUUCAAGGUCAUUGAGUCGAUCGAGGGUGACUGCCCUAUCGCCAAGAAGUACCAAUUCGAGGUCCCCUCCGACGCACCAAGCGGUGAUGCUCUCUUCGCUUGGACCUGGUUUAACAAGGUCGGCAACCGCGAGAUGUACAUGAAUUGUGCUAUGAUCACCAUUGGUGGCUCCAGCAAGCGCAGUGCUGCUGUCGACUCCGUCGACAGUGAAGCCAAUCAGGGUGCAGUGCCCAAGCUCAACAAGAAGCCCACCGAGAAGGGGCCCAACAACCAUGCCAAUGACCAGACCGAGAACGCCAAGACCGGCUUCAGUAGCCUCCCCGAGCUCUUCGUUGCCAAUGUGAACCAGGCUGGCAAGUGUGUGACCAUCGAGGGCCAGGCCGUUCACUUCCCCAAGCCUGGCCCCAAGGUUAUUGGCAAGGCCGACGGCCCUGGAUACAAGUGCUCCGACCAUGCUCCCUUCCUCGAAAGCAGCUCCGGGUCCGAGACCAAGUCCGAGAAGAAGCCCGCGACUACUGGCACCACCAAGUCCGAGAAAAAGCCCGCGACCACCCUCACCAGCGCCACCAAGCCCGAGAAGAAGCCCGCUACCGACAGCACCAGCGCCACCAAGUCCGAGAAGAAGCCCACUACUGACAGCGCCACCACCGUAGCCAAGGCCGUCUCUAAGAUCGCCCAGGCCUUUGGAACUGCCGCCGCCGGCAGUGGCACCCGUGUGGUCUCCACUGAAGACUCAGCCAAGAACCAGUUCAGCGACUACGUCGGCGGAUGGCCUUGCCACUCUGGGGACAUCAUCUGUGCCCCUGACGGACUGUCCUUUGCCAUGUGCAGUAACGGCAAACCCAUCUUCAUGGGCUCCGUCGCUGCUGGUACUAUUUGCCGCUCGGGCGUUAUCACUGCUCGCCAGUAA